UGACUCGCGGAGGACCGUUUACCUUAGAUUAAAAAUCAACAGUUUAGGAUAAAUUCAUGAUAUUAUCGAGACAAUAAUUAAUAUUAGAAGCGUGUCAUUUAUUAUUAGUGUGAUAGCAGCUUGUGACAUUAAAAUCAUGACGUCUAAGUGCGCGUUUAAAAAUUGUAAAAACGGCGCGUCGAAUGCUGUAAAAAAUGAUGGCGUUGUAUAUUUUCGCUUCCCUCGUGACCCCUUCAGAUGUGCCGAGUGGGUGUCCGUGGUGGCUCAACAGCGGUGCCAGGAGAUCUACACGCCCAACGACUCCAGCGUCGUAUGCUCCGAACACUUCGCCGAGAAGGAUAUGUACGACUCGGACAAAGGGUUGAAACUGCACACGACGGCUGUUCCUUGCUUCACCGAUGAUACUCCAGAGAUUUACGAAAUCGAGGAAGCAGAAUCAUCGACCGAAAGCAAUGAUCUAGAAGUGCCGGAUGUCGGGCCAUCUACCCACGACAAAUAUAAAAAAUCGCACAAAGAAGUACAGAAUCAAUCAAAACCCUCCAAAAAAAAUAAGUCCCGCGCAGGAUCUCGGCUGAAAGGUAACAAAAACGACUCAGCGCAGAACUCGAUAGGAAGAUAUACAAAAAUGCUGAGUGAUAGAAACGAAAUUAUCCAUCAUUUGAGGAAACGGAAUGCCAGACUCACCAAACAAAACAAAAAUUUGAAGGAGGCGUUGAGGGAGUCGCGCAGACGCAUCGAGCUGGACACGAUCAUUGGCAAAAACAUUUGCAAAAGCCUGUUCCUACAGUACAUGCGAAAAUAUGGGCAUUUAUAUAGGAAGGUGGAAGCCGGGGCGGGCAACAGUGGCUAAACCGCUCGAGAAGCCUGUACAUUUUUUUUAAAAUCCUUAUGGCCAAAAGACAA